AUGUCGUCUAGCAGAGAGCGGACUUGGUUGGAAACCCAGUGGAGCCACAACCAGAUCGGGGCGGCGCAAUGGAGUCGAGCAGCAAAAGGCUAUGAACUAAAGAUCAUUACCCGCGAUGCCGCCGUCAUUCAACUUGACGGAUUCGAACAAGACGAUUUCGACCGUGUGUCGAAGGCUUUCAAGAUCUGGUACGGCAUCAACGUGGAGAACAAGGAACAUGCGCUGCGAGGCUGGAACUGGGGUAAAGCAGAGUUUGGAAGAGCAGAGCUUGCUUUCAAUGUCCAGAAUCGACCGGCCUUUGAGAUCCCCUACUCGGAAAUCUCAAAUACCAACUUGGCGGGCAAGAAUGAGAUUGCCGUCGAGUUCAAUCUUGGUCCAGAGGGAACUCAGAACGGCACAAAUGGCCACAAGCCUGGGAGCACAAAGAACCGAGGCCAAAAGGCGGCUGCAGGCCGGGAUGAACUCGUUGAGAUGCGGUUCUAUAUCCCCGGCACAGUGUCCAAGAAAGAAGUGAACGGAGAGGGCAGUGGCGCCGAGGACGAGGAUGAAGAAGAACAAAAUGCCGCCAACUUAUUUUAUGAGACUUUGAUGGAUAAGGCAGAGAUCGGAGACGUCGCAGGCGCCACUUUCGCAACCUUCCAGGACAUAUUACAUCUUACCCCCAGAGGACGUUUCGACAUCGACAUGUACGAGAAUUCAUUCCGCUUGCGUGGAAAGACAUACGACUACAAGAUUCAGUAUCAAUCGAUAAAGAAAUUCUUCAUCCUGCCGAAGAACGAUGAAAUGCACACGCUCAUCACCCUUGGCCUCGACCCUCCCCUCCGACAAGGUCAAACGAGAUAUCCUUUUAUCGUGAUGCAAUUGAAACUGGACGAUGAAGUGAACCUGGAUCUGAACAUGACAGAGGAGCUCCUGGAAACGAAAUACAAGGACAAGCUGGAUGCACACUACGAAGCCCCCAUUCACCAUGUCAUUGCCAAGGUCUUCAAGGGACUGUCGGGCAAGAAAAUCAUUAUGCCCUCCAAAGACUUCGUCAGUCACCAUAACAUGAACGGGGUUAAGUGCUCCAUCAAGGCCAAUGAAGGUCUACUUUUCUGCCUGGACAAGAGUUUCAUGUUCGUGCCGAAGCCCGCCACUUACGUCCCCAUCGACACGAUACAAAGUAUUACCAUGUCACGGGUCGGAGGAGCUUUGGCAGCGAGCCGAACCUUCGACAUCACCAUGACCUUGAAGAACGGACAGGGGGAGCACCAAUUCAGUAAUAUCAACCGUGAGGAACAACAGCCUCUGGAGGCGUUUUUCCAGGCAAAGGGUAUUCGCUUUAAGAACGAGAUGCUCGACGACUCAUCGGCCUUAUUGAAGGCUGCCCUGGAAGACCAGGACUUAGCCUCGUCAGACGACGACGACGACGCUGGCGUAAAUCGUGGUUCUGCAGACGAGGACGAUGAGUCACCAGAUGAGGACUUCCAAGCUGAAUCGGAAAGCGAUGUUGCUGAAGAAUAUGAUUCGGCCCAUGAGAGUGACGGUAGUGAUGCUGGUAGCGAUGCGGACAUGGCUGAUGCUGACGAUGAUGCUGCUGGCGCUAGUGAGGACGAGGAAGAGGAACGACCGCCAAAGAAGAAGGCGAAGAAAUAG